CACAGAACAACUCCUGCUCCAAGAGAGAGCAACAGCUAUACUACUGAAGCUAAACUCUAGCUUUAACCAAGAGAGCUACGAGAACUUAACAGAGAAAAGAACCAGAACGAGAAAUUCCUUACAAGAUCUACUCAAUCCAACGGCAAGCUCCCUGACUACUCGCAAGAGACUAAGGAAGACUUUUGAAGAACCUAAAGACUUAUUUUUGUCUAAGAUACACAGAGAAAAACGAAGAAAAGCAAAAUGUCUGCUGGAAUGAACAUGAGACUGAUUUCUUUCUUCUGCCUCACUCUCUCCUACCUGGUAAGUCAAAUACCAUUUUACUGAGACUGUCAAGUAAUAUGGGAACUGUAUUGCUGUGUCUAUGCACCAUUUCCAGAAAGACCGCAAUAAGGUGUCAGCAUGUCUAGUCCAUUACUCCAGCAGUUGAAAUGUAAAUAGAUAUAUUUUGUUAACACAGUUAUAUAAGGCUGUAUAUGCUCUAGCUCUUGGUGUACUGUAACAUUAGUAGUUCUGACCAUGUGCUCAGGGUCUAACAGAGCUCCUAUCUCUUUGCCCCUCAGGCUGUGGCUCAGGAGUGCAGUGGGCAGUGUAGUUGUCCCGAUGUGGCCCCCCAGUGCCCUCCUGGUGUGAGCCUGGUGCCCGACGCCUGCGCCUGCUGCAGGGUGUGUGCCAAACAGAUGGGCGAGUUCUGCACAGAGAGGGACGUGUGCGACCCCCACAAAGGACUCUUCUGUGACUUUGGCUCCCCCAUCAACCGCCGCAUAGGAAUCUGUACAGGUGAGUCCCUCUAAACAGGCUCCUUUGUAGUUCUAGUACAAUGACUCUGAUAUUUUUCCUCUGCUGAUGUUUGUGUGACUGGAGAUGUGACGUUCUCUUCUUAUCCUCCGCCUCCCACAGCUAAGGGUGGCGCCACCUGUGUGAUCGGAGGGAUGGUGUACAGGAGUGGAGAGUCCUUCCAAAGCAGCUGUAAAUACCAGUGCACGUGCCUGGACGGUGCCGUGGGCUGUGUGCCCCUGUGCAGCAUGGACAUCCGCCUGCCCAGCCCUGACUGCCCCAUGCCCCGCCGCGUCAAAGUGUCCGGGAAGUGCUGCGAGGAGUGGGUGUGCGAUGCCCCCCAACACACAAACAGCUUUGUGGGCUCUGUUCUCGCUGGUGAGUCUCAGUCUUAGACACUUGGACAUAAAGCUACAUUGUAGUGAUAUAAUCUGGUCAGCUUUUGAAUGUGGGGAUAAAGAGUCUAACGCCACCUCUCCUUCUCUGCCUGCAGCUUACAGAGAGGAGGAGACCUACGGGCCUGACCCCUCCAUGAUGAGGGAGAAUUGCCUGGUCCAGACCACUGAGUGGAGUGCCUGCUCUAAGACCUGCGGCCUGGGCAUCUCUACCAGAGUCACCAAUGACAACCGCGAGUGCCGCCUGGAGAAACAGUCCCGCCUGUGCAUGGUCAGGCCCUGCGAGUCCCACAUGGAGCAAAGCAUUAGGGUAAACACAUCCUUGAACCACUACCCAAAUUAGCCUACCCAUUCACUAGAAUAGAAACACUUCCUCAAAUCAAGAAGGAAGGAAUGGUCACUAAUGUUUGUCUUUCGAUUUGCUUUGCUCUUACAGAAAGGAAAGAAAUGCAUCCGCACUCCAAGAGUGUCCAAGCCCAUGAAGUUUGAGAUCUCUGGCUGCACCACCACCAAGUCCUACCGCCCCAAGUUCUGCGGAGUGUGCACCGAUGGUCGCUGCUGCACCCCCCACAGAACCACCACCCUGCCCAUGGAGUUCAAAUGCCCCGACGGUCAGGUCAUGAAGAAGCAGAUGAUGUUCAUCAAGACCUGUGCAUGCCACUACAACUGCCCCAGCGAGAACGACAUCUUUGAGUCCAUGUACUACAAGAAGAUGCUUGGAGACAUGGCAUAAACCAUUACAUCACCAAAGAGCAAAAAACAACCAAUGAGUCUUAACUUGAAUCCAACAGAUAUCCAUCUCAUCUCGCAGCACAAAAUGUGUUUUUCUUUUGAUUUGUUAUUUUCUUAUUUGACUAUUUUGUAUUUUGUACAAGGACAGAAAUCUAUAUGCAUAUAUUCAAUGUAUAUAUGUAUGAGUGUAUUGAUGGAUGUUUAGGGCCACUUGCCCUAAAGAGGGGGGAAAGACAGGGGGCUGCUCUGCGGCCCCAAGAAAAAUACUGCACUAUAGUUCUACUAUGUGACAACCUAUGUUGUUGUCACAAAUUGGCUGAUGCCAUGUUCCCCUCCCCCUAAACUGAGGUGGGGAUCCAACUAACUGGGCCGUUUCCAACCUCGGAGCACUUGCAGUAACGAAGAGUGAAGACUUUUAACCCCAGUAGGGAAACUGAAAUCCUUUACCCACCAGAGUGCUAGUUGAAUGUGGCCUUGUGUAUAGUUCACUGUUUGCAGAGCCUAACUGAUGCAGUGUUAAUGACAGGUCAUGGUUUAUCCCAUGCUGAAAAACAGCCGUCCUCCCAGACAAGGAGCGUAGUGUGCAUGCUUUGAGGGUUUGCCACAGCACUGAGAAAAGAGGUGUUUGACUUUGACUGACUGAUUCAGGUUGCAAGGAAGGAAUCUGUAUUUUGUCAAAAAAAAGACUGGAUGCUUUGUAGCUUCAUUCCUUUUUGAGAUAUUAUUGAUGCUGUAAAUAUUGUACAUAUUGUUGUACAGUUGUUAAUUUAAAGUUGAAAAAAAACGUUUGUCUUUUGUUUUUCUCUUGCUUCAAUAUGUUUAUUGAUAGCUUAUUUGCUGGGUUUGACUGUUCCUGUGACAGUUUUGUGUACUAUUUUAUUGAGAAGUGUGACAAAAAAGUUACAUGUUUUUACUUUUGUAGUUUGGAAUAAAAUAUUAUAUUUUUUAUAUAAAACAUAA